UACAUAUGCAACCUGGAAAUCUUACACAAAGACAAAGAUAGACCCAAUCUCAACAACCUCUGAGAAAGAAAGGGAGGAGCGAGGGAAAGUGGGAUCGGGAAGAAGGAAGGGGAAGUCAGAUUAAAUACAUAGAAACAUGUUGUUAGAGGGAAUACUGUUGGCUUAGAAAACAUUCUUGUACAUGCUGGCCGCCGGAAUCCCCUAUAUAUAGGGGGUUUUCCGGCGGCUUGGGGGGGGGCUUAAGCCCCCACCAGCCCCCCCUUAAAUCCGUGGCUGCCGCCAGCCAACUUCCCGUUUUCUUCCUCUUCUCAUCAUCUUUUUGUUGAGAUUUAAAUUAGCUUUUACUGAAUAAUAAUAAUAAGAAUGGGGAUAAGAUUCAUACUGAUGGUGAACAAGCAAGGGCAGACAAGGCUAGCCCAGUACUACGAGUACCUCACCAUUGAAGAAAGACGUGCCCUUGAAGGCGAAAUCGUCCGCAAAUGCCUCGCUCGCACUGAGCAACAGUGUUCAUUUGUUGAGCAUCGGAACUACAAGAUUGUUUACCGGCGAUAUGCAUCCCUGUUUUUUCUGGUCGGAGUUGAUAAUGAAGAAAAUGAACUUGCAAUUUUAGAGUUCAUACACCUGUUGGUUGAAACCAUGGAUCGGCAUUUUGGUAAUGUGUGUGAGCUGGAUAUCAUGUUCCAUCUGGAGAAAGCACACUUUAUGUUGGAGGAAAUGGUUAUGAACGGGUGUAUCGUUGAGACUAGCAAGUCUAACAUUUUGGGCCCAAUACAGCUGUUGGAAAAAGCUUCAUAACUCGUUUUUAAAGAUGUUGCAGCUAUAACGAAGAGUUUGUGUAAUUUCCUUCUUUUUUUUUUUUUGUUGUUAUCCACUUGUUCAGUCGUUAUCUAUAUUAGAGACGCAAUUGAUUGUUUUGUAGAUGUCAUCGAGUUCUAAUCCAUGAAGUGAACAUGGGAGGGUGAGCUGGUUAGAGGCUUGUAGUGUGUCAUCCUGUAAUUGGUGUUACAGAAAUAAAUUGGAGUUGGACAUUUAUUUUUGGUAAGUUUGAGAUUUCAACCAGAAGUUAGGCGUCAAUAACAGUAUGCACUGCCGAGCCUUGUACCAAA